AUGGAGAAGACUUUGGGAAUGUUCUACUCGAUACUGAAGGACUAUCUUGUUAACAGCACGUUUCACGGUCUUAGGUUCAUCGCUGAGGACGGGCGGCACUGGACGGAACGAUUGUUCUGGCUGGUAUGCUGUCUGUUGUCAUGGUACGGCUCAGCGAUUCUCGUUUUGUCUUCUUGGGAGAGUUUCCAGAAGAAUGCCAUCAGCUUUGUGGUAGAAACAACGUACUUGGACGUGAAGACCAGCUUCCCGUCUAUAUCUGUGUGUGAAGAUGACAACAUGGAACGCAUCUACUCUAUGGCUAACGAGUACUUCGGCCCUGACCAUGAUUGUAAUCUGGAUGAAAUGUUGAGAGAAAUAGCUUUUUUCAAGGGUUCAGUUUAUUACAUAAAGGAGUUCUGCUUAUCUGAUGAUAUUCCUUGUCCAACAAAAGACUAUAAGAAGAUGUCAGACGAGGUAAGAAGCCCGUGUAAGGAUAUUUUCAAGACGUGCAUGUGGAAAAAUAAAACAUUCGACUGCUGCGAGCAUUUUGUCCCUCUCUUGACAGAAUGGGGUGUUUGCUAUACUCUCAGUCCUAGAACAGAGGUAGAAGGUAAAACAGACCACUUGAAGCUGGUAUCCAGUACUAAGCUUGGUUUAGGAUCUAUUUACCUAGAGCUGCUAGUACCAACAAAGGUGUUCAUGCACCCUGAAGCCGACAUACCCUAUUACAACACAAUGACAACGGAGGUGGUGGCUGGUAAGGCAGGUAUCCUUAAACAUCUUGGAAUCUCCGUUAUCGACAUAGAAAACGAGCCUGAAGUAAAGUCUCUGUCAAUCUCGCAACGAGACUGUCGCUUCCCUGACGAGAACAUAUUGACAGUGACUUCCGUAUACAGCUACAGUGCUUGUGUAACAGAAUGUAGGAUGAGAGAACAGCUGCGGACUUGCAACUGUACUUCUCAUCUUAUGCCUUACACAGAUGAGAAGCAGCACUGUGACAUGAAGGGUAUUUUGUGCCUCAGUAAGUACAGUGAGCCGAUGUCGGUCCAGAAGACGCCUUGGGGUAACAAGGAAGGUCUUGACUGUCCGUGUCUGCCUGGCUGCGAGGACCCAGAGUUUGACACCAUAGAAACCAUCAUGACACAGUUAAGUGAUGAUAUGGAAAACAUCUCUGUUAUUGAAAUAUCAAUGUAUCGAUAUCCUAGUGAAAGAUACAAGAGAAAUGUAGUGCGAGGUCGCUUGGAUCUUGUUGUGUCAAUGGGAGGAGCAGCUGGUUUAUUUGUAGGAGCCAGUCUUUUAAGUUUUGCAGAACUGUUUUACUUCUUUACAGUAAGAGCUUGUAACACUCACACUUCAAAGGGAAGUGAUAGAAAACCUUCACCAACUGUUAUGGUGAAUCCUUUCCAACCACGUAUUUCCAAGGAUUACCCUUAUCCCACUUUUAAAAUGUAAGAUCCCAAAAUCAUCCCUUGCACUAUCAGUCAACCAAGGCAACACUCUAUUUAGUGUUGCCUGUCAUCUUAAAACUCAUUAAA